AUGUCUGACUACGAAGAAGAAGAAGGAUUAGGUAUGGAUGGUGCCGUCAUGGAAGAAGAAGUGGAUGAAUAUCAAGUGGGAGACGAAAAUGGCGAGCAACAAAAUAAUGGUGCAGGAGGAGAAUCCACCACCAUAUUGUCAGAAGACGUUGCUACCAAUCGUACUGGUGCUGCCUCCAAAGCCAUAGAAAAAGAAAGACGUACCACAACACCUUACAUGACUAAAUAUGAGCGUGCUCGUAUCUUGGGUACCCGUGCCUUACAGAUCAGUAUGAAUGCUCCUGUUCUAGUCGACUUGGAAGGCGAAACAGAUCCAUUGCAAAUUGCCAUGAAGGAACUUGCGCAAAAAAAGAUUCCCCUUUUGGUCCGUCGGUAUUUACCUGAUGGAAGUUUUGAGGAUUGGAGCGUUUCUGAGCUCAUCUAA